UAACAUACCAAUGAUUUCGGAGUGCUGAUCUACAGCAUCGAUGUCGGGUUGCUUUGUUCGACAAGUAAGAGUCUCUUGGAAGAAGUCUCGUGAUGCCACUGAGGUCUAAGAUUGAGCAAUUGAUCAUCUUUGAUUGGGUUGAGUUUUCAUCAUGAUUUGUACCAAUACCAGAAAUCUGAAUUGUAAACUCACACGCUGUGUGGACUGCUAUAGCGACACUACGUAAACUACACUGCUAAUGUACAUAGUACUCCAGUGCCGACGUGAUGAUCAUUUUAAAUAGGAAAGACCCAAAGUAUGAAAUUUUAGGUAACAACGGACAUUGUACCGCGUUCGCAUCAAUGCAUACGUAUAGUCGACUCAACAAUUCCACUCAGUCACUCCUUACCCCAUGUUCUUCCCCUGAUUUCCGAUCCACAAUGGCCAGCAACACCCCAGCUCAAAACACUACUCCGUCAGACGCAAGCAAGAACGUUGUCCACAACGUCAACGUCAUCGGCAAAGACCGGCACCUCAGCCAAAGCAGUUGCACACCCACCUUGAUCGAAGACGGCCGCGCCGUGUUGACGGAGCAAGGCAACUUGCACUUGACAGCAUACAAAUGGUCUACAAGAAAGAAAUGGAUCCUCCUCACCGUCGUUGCACUCUGUCAAAUAUCCAUGAACUUCAACGCGGCCAUCUACUCCAAUGCCGUAGAAGCAAUCAACGAGGACUUCGGCGUCACUAAUGCUCGCAUGGGUAUGGUGGCGUUUCUAGUUCCAUAUGCGUUUGGAUGUGAGCUUUGGGCCCCGUGGUCAGAAGAGCUCGGUCGUUGGAUCAUCAUGCAGCUCUCGCUUGCCGGUGUCAAUGUCUCUAUCCUUAUAUGUGCACUGAGUCCCUCCUUUGGGGGUGUCAUUGCUGGCCGCGUGAUUGGUGGUCUAUCGUCCGCCGGUGGCUCCGUCACCCUCGGUAUGGUGGCGGAUAUGUUCGACACCGACUCCCAACAACAUGCCGUCCUAUGGGCUUCUCUUUGGAGCUGUUUGGGCGCUGUGCUGGGAGGUAUCUGCGGUGGUCCUAUCCAGCAGUUUUUGCAUUGGCGAUGGAACUUUUGGAUCCAGCUUAUGUUUAGUGGCGUAACUGCUGCUGUGCACUUCUUCGUGGCCAAGGAGUCUCGUGCUACGAUAAUGCUCGAUCAGGAGGCGAAGCGGCGGAGGAAUGUUGGCGAGGAACUUUAUGGCCCUAAUGAGAUCCGGACGUUCAAGAAGCGCUUCAAUGCCAAGGAAAUCGCAAAGACAAUGUGGCGACCCUACCAAAUGCUUAUGUUCGAGCCCAUAGUGCUCUUCCUCUCCCUACUUUCAGGCUUCGCCGAUGCCCUUAUCUUCUCCUUCUUCGAAAGCUACUCAAUAAUCUUUGCCCAAUACUCCUUCACGCCUGUGCAAACCAGCCUGGCCCUUAUCCCCCUCGCCGCAAGCUACUGGCUCGCCUACUUCUCCUUCUUUCCCGUCGUCGCCCGCCACACGCACCGCCGGAAACAAGGCGAGACCCUUUCCCCAGAAUCACGGCUAUGUUGGCUCCUCUUCCAUGUCAUCUUGCUCCCGCUAGGCCUCCUGGGCUCCGCAUUUGUAGCAACUACGCACUGGGCUGGUGUUCUCGCCUUCUCAGUUUUAAUCGGAAUGGCAAACUAUAGCAUCUACUUCGCCACCGUCGACUACAUGGUCGCGGCGUACGGACCCUUCUCUGCCUCAGCCACCGGCGGAAAUGGGUUCGCGCGCGACUUCCUCGCGGGCAUGUGCGCCUUGUACACUGGGAAGAUGUACAAGAACCUUGGAGUCCGCAAUUCGCAGCUUCUACUUUUUGGGCUCGCGGCUGUGUUCUGCGUGCCUAUUUAUGUGUUUUACAAGUUUGGGCCGGCGAUCAGGAAGCGUAGUCGCUUUGCGAUGAAGUUGGCUAAUGAUAAGAGGAGUGCGAGGAAUACGGCGGCGGCGGCUGAGCCGCAGCCUUGUGAGCGGCAAGGGAACGCACAUGAGAUAGCUGAGGCAACUCGGGCGUGA